AAAAAAGAAAAAAAAAAAAAAAAAAAACUAAAAUAUGGUUGAUAAUGAAAAAAAUCAAAUUGUGCCUUAAUAAGCAAGAUAUAAUGAAUAGUUAAAUAAUAAUACUAAUACUAGUUAAUAAUAAAGAGUAGAUCUGACUUUUAAUAACUUGAAAUAUACAGUUAAAACAAAAAAGGGUGAUAAAGUUAUUCUAAGAUCUUUAAGUGGAGUAUGCAAAAGUGGAACUGUGACUGCCAUUUUGGGUUCUUCUGGAGCAGGAAAGACUACAUUAUUGAAUAUAUUAUCAAAGAGAAUUGAAAAUAGUUCAAAAACCAAAAUUGAAGGAUAAGUUCUUGCAAAUAACUAGCCUUAUAACUCUGAUUAAUUUUCUCAGUUUGCUUCUUAUGUAAUGUAAAACGAUAUAUUAACAGAGACAUUGACAGUAAGAGAAUAAUUAUAAUUUGCAGCGAACCUCAAAAUAGAAGGAAGUCAAUAAGAUAAAGAAAAAAAAGUAAAUGAAAUGAUAAAAAAGAUGAAAUUAGAUAAAUGCAAAGAUAGCUAUAUUGGAGGAAAUUUUGUAAAAGGAAUAUCAGGAGGAGAAAAAAAGAGAACUUCAAUAGGAUUUGAAUUAGUGAGCGAUCCUACAUGUAUUUUAUUAGAUGAACCAACUUCUGGUUUAGAUAGUUUUACGGCUUAUCUUUUAAUUUAUGAAUUAGUAAAUUAUGCCCAUGAAAAUAAUAAAACAGUCGUUUUUACUAUUCAUUAACCUUCUUCUGAUAUUUGGAAUUUAUUUGAUAAUAUUAUGUUGAUGGUUGAAGGAUAAUUAAUUUAUUAAGGACCGGGAAAAAACGAUAUUAUUAAUUAUUUUAAUAAUAUAGGCUUUAAGUGUCCUUAAUUAAGUAAUCCAGGCGAUUAUUUUAUGUCAAUUAUGCAUAUUUCUAGUGAAGUAAAUAAAAAGAAUUUUAAUCUUUAUUUUGAUAAAUAUAAAUCGUAAUUAGAAGAAGGGAUAAAAUAAUAAAUUGAAUUAAGUUCUAAAGAAAUAAUAAAGAAAAAAUCUGCACACACUACAUUAGCAUAUUAAUUUUAAUAAUUAUCUUAUCGAUAAAUUAAUUUUAUUAAAAGAAACCCUAUUGUAUUUAAAGCCAGGCUUAUAUAAACUAUAAUUAUAGGCCUUUUUACAGGAGCUAUUUUUUGGCAAAUUCCAAAUGUUAAUCCUACUUAAAGAGAUAUAAAUAAUAAAAAUGGAUUUUUCUUUUUCUUUUCUGUAGGUAUGUUUAUGAUGAGUUUAAAUCCGUGUAUUUUAACUUUCCCAGCUGAAAAAGUGGUAUAUUUGAAAGAAUAGGGAGCCAAUUUAUACAGUUUAGGUCCUUACUUUUUAUCUAAAUUUUUUAUUGAGGUUAUUCCUACACUUUUCUAAUGUAUUCUGAGUGCUCUUAUUUAAUAUUGGAUGGUUGGAUUGAAUGAUUCUAGUCCUAAAUAAGUACUUACUUUUAUUUUAAUAUCUAUGGUAUAAGGAGCAUGUGGAUUAGGUUUGGGAUAUUUAGGAAGUUCUGCUUUUAAUGAUUCUCAUACUGCAAUGGCUAUUACUCCUAUGCUUAUUAUGCCUUUUAUGCUUUUUUCAGGAUUUUAUAAAAACAGGAGUAAUUAUUAAGAUUGGAUUGGGUGGAUUGAAUAUCUGUCCCCUUUUAGAUAUAGUUUUGAAGCACUUUCAACUAAUGAGUAUUAAGCUUAUAAUUAUAAAUUUAAUCCAUUAGACUAAUUGGGAUUUGAGCUUGGGCUUUGGUAAUCUUUUGGAUGUUAAUUUACCCUUUUUGUUGGAUUUACAUGUUUGGCCUAUAUAUUUUUGAGUACUUUGAAAAAGAAAAUUUAAUGAAUGGUGUUUAUUUUUUAUAAAAUUAUCUAAAUUAAAAAUAUAGUUUUAAUAUAAAUCCAACCCUUUAAUUGUAUUUUAUAUAGACUAGUUUUGUUUUUUGUUCUAUAUAUUAUUAAUUUAUAGUUUUUUUU